AUGGCCGACUCACCAAAAUCUAGAGUAGACAGUGCACCGCCGUUCUACCACACGGGAGUAGAUUAUUUCGGUCCGAUACUCGCAAAAGAAAAGAAACAUCGGAAUCGGAGCAGCAUUAAAGUCUACGGCUGCGUAUUUCUUUGCAUGUCGACUAAAGCUAUUCAUAUCGAGAUCGCAAGCGAUCUGUCAACAGACGCGUUCAUAGUGGCUUUACCACGAUUCGUCAGUCGUCGGGGCAUUCCGGGCCAUAUCUAUUCGGACAACGGGACGAAUUUCGUCGGCGCGAACAGUCAACUUCGUGAAUUUUACGCUGUCAGAGAGUCCGAAGACUUCCGUUCUCAACUGUACGAAUUUACGUCGACCAGAAAAAUUGAGUGGCAUUUCAAUCCGCCCCUCUCACCUCAUUUCGGGGGUAUUUGGGAGGCGGCUGUAAAAUCUUGGAAACACCAUCUUAAACGCGUCAUGUGCGAUCUUUUGUUUACGUACGAAGAAUUGACUACUCUGGCAAUCGAGAUUGAGGGCAUUCUCAAUUUGCGCCCAUUGUGCCCUAUUUUCACAGAUCGAAACGAUCCAAUUGCUUUAACCCCCGCGCACUUUCUUGUUGGAAGACUGCUCACGAUGCUGCCGGAAAAUGAUCUUUCGCUUGUUCCAGACAACCGAAUAUCCUCGUGGCAACUGAUCACUAAGACACGACAAGAAUCCUGGCGCCAGUGGCAACUCGAAUAUUUGAGCGAGUUACAAAAGAGACAGAAAUGGAUAAAUCCGACCGAAAAUAUCGCGUUGGACACGGUAGUCCUAUUGAUUGACAAGAACCAACCAUGUAUGCAGUGGCGACUGGGUCGAGUGGUGGAACUACAUCCUGGAGACGAUGGCGUAGUCAGGGUGGUCACCGUAAAAACGACUCGAGGACUCUACAAACGCAACACGAGAUCGAUUUGCGCUUUGCCCAUAAGCGCUUGA